AUGUCACUGGGUGCUGGUGGCAAAGCCACGACAUCGGUGGCACGCAUUGGAGCGGACGCCACACCGAGGGCGGUAAAGCCUGCGGCUCCAAUUCCCAGCAAUAUCCCUGCGGAGUACUGGCGGCAGCACGCAGCACUUGAGUCGAAGUACCAUGGUGAUGUGGAAAAGGUACACAAUGCGUAUAAAAAUAUGUGGAUCACAUGA